AUGACCGGUGAAGCUGCCUCCUCACCAGUGUCUCGAACCCGCAUUAAAAAUCGCAGAAAGCGGUACCUCGACCUUCAUCCCGAGUAUUUCACAUCUGCGAAUCUCGAGCUGGCGGAUCCACUCCUCUAUGACCGUCUGAUCCGCCGUUUCCAGACCCCCGCAGAGCGCGAAGCCGAGGGACGACAAAAAGGCUACAGUGGCACGCUUGAAGCGGAUCUGCUUCGAUCAGAGGCUAAGCUUAAUGCGCUGGCGCAUCCGGAUCCGAAUCAGACGUUUAGCUACAGACGGGGACCAGACGGCGAGAUUCUGGCGGAGGAGAAGGAUGAGGUUCCAAAGGACAAGGAGGAGGGGUAUGCGAAGUGGAAGUGGGAGAUGGAGAUGCGGUUUGUGAGAGGUGGGGAUGCAGAUUUUGAGUAUGAGAAGGUGGAUGAGAGCGAGGAAUAUGAUGAUCGGGGGGUUGAGGAACAGGAAGCGGAGGAGAAGUGGUUUGAUGAGGAGGAAUCGAAUUUCGUGAAUGAGGAGGGGUUAAGGAGAUCGAAGAGUAGAGAGCUGCAGGGCGAAACAGGUAUUCAAGAUUUUUGA